GCUGUGCUCUGCACAGGCACACCGACACAAUAAACUCGCUUUAAACAUUUAUAGAUAUUGUUUUGACCAUUUCGAAUGGAUUUCGUACACGAAGCUGUUGCGCUUGGCGUCGACAUACUCAUCUUAGGCCUCUGUGUGCGCGAAUAUGUGAACUAUAAGAACACCGCGAGAGUGUUGAAGGAGGCGCCGCAGUAUAAUAUUGAUGGCGAACUAAAAAAUAUUGUGUCACGGCAGCGGGAUAAGAAGAUUCCGUAUGCUGUCAUUCGCGGCACUGUCUCCCCAAUUGGUGUGCCACUGCGCAGCUCGUUUGUGCCCAGUGUGAGCGGCGUUCUCCAAAUUGUAAAGCUACAUGAGCAUCGGGUGAUGCGAGCCUUUGCCGGCUUCUGGGCAGAGCAGCGAAAGAUGCUGCACGAGAGCGUCAACGAGAUGCCCUUUGAGCUACGCAAUCAAUCGCAUGGUGUGGAAAUUGUAGAUGCAAUGAGUGCCGCUGUGUUGGAUGUGGACGUGGUCUACGAUAACUAUGAGUCCACAUCUCUGUCGUUCUUUGAUCACAUAUUUGGAUUCUUUACGGGCGUAAGACAGAAGGGGCUGCAGACUACCGAACAGGUGCUGCGUGACGGCAGCUUUUUGACCGCCAUUGGCGAACUGGAAUUGGAUGGCGAAACGCUGCGCAUGCAGCCAUCCAAAGAAGGACCACUGUUCCUGACCACGGCCACAAAGUCAACACUCAUCAAACGUUUCGAGGAUGCCAAAUCUUCUAUGCUCUUUAAAAUUGUAUUGUGCAGCAGCAUAUCAAUGGUAUUGGUGGGUCUGAUCGUACGGAAAGUGUACCGCAGAAAGAAGCAAGAACAUGAGGAAGCAAAGAUUCGCAAGCGCCUCGAAGUGGAGCGUAGAGAGCGACGAGCACGCAACAGGCCGCAUACCUUGAGCCAAGAUCAACUGUGCGUUGUCUGCUCCACCAAUCCCAAAGAAAUCAUUUUAUUGCCCUGCGGACAUGUCUGCCUGUGUGAGGAUUGCGCCCAAAAAAUUGAAAUUACGUGCCCAGUUUGCCGCAGCAAAAUCGACUCGAAGGCGGCUGCAUUUAUUGCCUAACUCUGGAUUUCAGCCCAGUUAGAUCAACUGUACCUGUCUUCGUCUCAUAAGUGUUUGUUACUUGAGCUCUAAUUAGUGUGCAGUUUACAUUAUUGAUAAAAAUUCGUUUCAAGUGUUGACCAUCGAA